AUGGAUAAUGUAUUGAAGCAGUUCGAUUUCAAGAGUAAAGAGUCAUGGUCUACAUUAUGGAAGACGGCAUUGGUACGCUUACCUCGAGCAGUCCCUAUGGAAGCUUUGUAUAUCACAUCCCCUUCUGGUCCACAACCUUUCAAACUCAAUCUACCAUCCCGGACGAGAGGCCGUACGAUUGCUCUCUAUAUAUUCAUACCACCAGUGCAAUGGCCAAAUCCCAAAAGCGGACAUGCUGCGCCGACGCCGGACUCAUUCCCCAUAGUCAUGGAUUACCAUGGCGGUGGAUUCUAUCUUGGAUCGUGUCUUGAACAAGCGCCAUUCUGCGCGAAACUGUGUCGUGAGUUGAAGGCCAUUGUCAUCGGUGUGGACUAUCGGAUGGCGCCGUAUCAUAAGUUUCCGGCCGCCAUUGAGGAUGCCGAAGACGUCGUCCUUGCGCUUUUCGAUCAGCGGCAUCCCGGCUAUGAGAUCUUGCGAGAGGCGAUACCGGACUUCAUGCGCUCUCAGUGGUACGACACGCUGGGAACCAAAGAAGAACGCCGCCACGACAAGGUGCCGAUGCCGCCAAUGCCCCAGAUCCACCUUGACACUAGUCGCAUCGCCUUUAGCGGAGCAAGUAGUGGCGGCAACAUUGCACUUAAUAUGGCCAUUACCGCACCCGAAAGCCUAGGUAUGCGUGAAUGGCCGUGUCCCAUACCUGCCGAGUAUCCUACCCAAGUACCACUCUUGCUGCUGUACCCGAGCCUGGACUUGCGACAGCUGCCUAGUGAACGCCCUCGCAACGAUCGGAUGCCACCACCGGUAGACCCUAAGAAGAAGAGACUCGAUAUCGACGACAGCCUUGCCGCAACCUACGUCAGCCGGGAGAUGGCCGGCCAUCCUCGAGCUUCGCCAGGCUUGGUGGACACCCGGCAAUAUCUCCACCCGCAAGCAAAGAUCUUGCUGAUUCUCUCCGGUCUCGAUACACUAUGGGACCAGUCUGAGAAAUGGACGGCUAAGGUGGAGGCCGAGGGGAGAGGUAGAGAUAUGAAGACGAUGCGGUACGAGGACCGCAAGCACGGUUGGACCACCAUCCCUGAGAUCGCGCUGUCAAAAGAAGAGCGGAAGACGAGGCUGGAGGUACUCGAUGAGUGCGUGCGCUUCACUAAAGUUGCAUGGUCCGGACGAGAUCCGGUAAAAGCUAUGGAGGAUGCUGGGGAUGAUGUGGAGGCGCAAGGGAACCCAGACAAGAAGUACGACCAUAUCCCAUAG